CUAGAAGUAGUAUAUCAGCUGGAAGUAGCAACUAGGAAUAGUAGCAUUUGCUUCCAAAUUCUCCGAGUGCCAUUUGCGUCUUCUCUUUUAGUCAUUUCGCACCUCAAAUGAGAUUUGCCGCCUUAGCCGCUUUGGCCUGUGCUGUAACAGGCACAAACGCCGCCGUACUUCCCGGGUUCAGUCUUGCUUCAGGGGCUGGAAAAACCCAGCAGGUGUUAGCCAAUAAUUGGGGUCACGUGUCCGCCCAGUAUGCGGACAUAAUGGCUACUUUGGAUGAAAAAAAGGGCGAUGUCUACUCCAGGCUCGCCCAGUAUUUCAGCGAGCCUGACAGUAAUGUGCCACAGGCCAUAGUUAACAUGUGGCAGGACAUUUUUUUGGAGUUCCCCAAGCAGGUUUCGCAAUUGGCCUUCAAAAGCCAGGCGAAGAAAAGCAGCAAGAACCUGGCCUCGUUUGACUUCCAUGUGUCGGAUGCCAGGUUUCCUAACCAUCAGUUGCGGGUAAAAUCGACGCCCGAAGACUUGGGAAUUGACUCUGUGAAGCAGUACACGGGCUAUUUAGAUGUAGAGGACGAGGACAAGCAUUUCUUCUACUGGUUUUUUGAGUCGAGAAACGACCCGGAGACCGAUCCAAUUAUUUUGUGGUUGAACGGUGGUCCGGGCUGCUCUUCCUUGACCGGGUUGUUUUUUGAGUUGGGACCCUCGCUGAUCAACGCCAAGUUGGAGCCCGAGUUCAACCCUUAUGCAUGGAACAAUAACGCCUCGGUGAUAUUUUUGGACCAGCCUGUCAACGUAGGCUUCUCCUACUCGCUGCAGUCUGUGACUAACACCGCCGCGGCUGCAAAGGAUGUGUAUGCGUUCUUGGAGUUGUUCUUCAAGCAAUUCCCUUCGUUUCAGAAAAGCGACUUCCACAUUGCCGGUGAGUCGUACGCAGGCCGCUAUAUCCCGUUGUUUUCCUCGGAGAUCUUGCACCACCCGGAACGCUCGUUCAACUUUAAGUCUGUCUUGAUUGGCAACGGUAUCACCGAUCCAUUGACCCAAUUCGAGUACUAUCAGCCAAUGGCCUGUGGUGAAGGUGGUGAGCCUUCCGUGUUGCCAGCCGAGGAAUGCGCCAAUAUGGCUGCUAAUAUUCCUCGGUGCACUUCUUUGAUUGAAGCUUGCUACAACACGGGCUCCGUCUUUGCAUGCGUUCCUGCUAGUAUCUACUGCUCCAAUGCUGAAGAAGCUCCAUACAUGAAAACAGGAAGAAACCCAUACGACAUUCGGGAAAUGUGCGGAAACGAUGGCUUGUGCUACGAUGGCUUGCUGUAUGUCGAAGACUAUUUGAACUCGCCCGAGGUGCGCCAGAAAUUGGGUGUGGAAGUCGACUCAUAUCAGGGAUGCAACUCUGACAUGUUGAGGAAUUUCUUGUAUACGGGCGACGGACUGAGACCAUCCCAACUUAGUGUGACUGAGAUGUUGGAAGCAGAGGUGCCUGUCCUCCUUUACUCCGGUGACAAAGACUUCAUUUGCAACUGGUUGGGCAAUCAGGCCUGGUCAAACAAGUUGCCAUGGUCCGGACAUGAAGAGUUCGAGACACUGCCAGUGAGAGAUUGGGUCGUGGGAAACAAGACUGCUGGAGAGGUCAAAAACCACAAGCACUUUACUUUCUUGCGUGUGUUUGAUGCAGGGCAUAUGGUUCCUUACAACCAGCCCGAGAACGCCUUGGAUAUGGUAAACCGGUGGAUUUCUGGAGACUAUGUCUUCUGAGAAACUAGCCUUGUCUAUUGUAUCUAAUAACAGAAACCCUAAACAUUAGAAAUUCGUUUGAGAAAGCCCGCGUUUGCGUAUAUAGAGCCACCACGGAUUAUUCCUGUCGGGCCACACCAGUAAUAGUAGUAAUGAUUGUUUUUCAUCUGUAAUACAGGCAUCAAAG